AUGUCGUCGUCAAGGCAAAAGUCGUUCUUUGAGCAAGACCACAGCUCCAAGUCGAAACGAUGGCAGGGCAAUCGCAGCUUCGACAAGAAGCCCUUGACCAACGAGGCCACCGCUAGACCCGUACCUCCGACAAAGCCUCCAAUUCAGCCUUCGACCGAGACAAAAUCAAAGUUGAAGGCCUUCGAGUUCGCCCGCCACCCUGACAAGGAAAACCCAUCCUCCAUCGCUGCUCCACUGUCACCUGUCAAGCAACCCCAACCGCCAUCUUCACCCACUAAAGUUGCACCCUCGACCCCGGCCAUGCGCCUACCUCUUGCUGAUCUUAUUGGAAACGCCGAGGACGCUUUACGAAGACCCACGCCGCAAGAAGAGUCGCCCAUCGAGGAGAUUGGUUGGAUAGCAAAUAGCUCACACCCAGACUUGACUCCCCGCCAACGGAGGAGACGCCCGCAAAGUUCAUCGCCUGUCACUUCGUCUCAGAACGAUGCAUCCGAUCUUCCCAACGCCAAUCUUCCACAAUCUGCCUUCAAGACUCCAAGAGCCGACCCGGCGGCCGAACUGUGGACGCGAUAUGCCACCGCCAGGAACCCUGAUGACACGCCCAUCGAGAAACGCAUGCCUUCGUUAGCACACCUCAUGAACGACUCAUCGCCUCGAUCGGCUCCUCGAACACCUGGUGGUAGCGUUGGUGGCUUGAGGAGAUGGGCAAGCUGUGGUCUUGAAUUCCCCUCCUCUCGAGUCAAGCGACGCCGCGUCAAUGGAAUCUUCCGCGACAACAACAAUCCUCAGGACCCAUCCAUCGCGAAACCUCUGUCACGAGUCGGCAUGUUGGUCGAAAAAGUCCAGGAAUCUCUCGCCCAUAAAGACAUUCCCUCGAGUUCUUCACCUUUGCCUGACAAGGGCGAAUUCCCAACCAUACACAGGCCUAUGUCAGACCAUCAAAGAUCACAACCCCUUUCGGCACGUUCGUCACAACAGUAUUCUUACCAGCACGAAGAUGCCGAAUUUGACGACACUGACAUCACAUUGGAUGAUAUGGUCGAGAUUCAACAAAACAACAUCACUCAGAAUAACUCCAUGACCAGUACGACGAUAAUGAACACUAUUGACGAGGAUGACGAUGAGUUCGGCGACGACUUCGGUGAUGAUCUCGACGAUGAUGAGAUAGAAAAUGCCGUUUCCUUUUUCGAAAGCAGACCUGGUACCUCUAAUGGCCAAUUUCUCUCGCAACAAAACACAUGUACGAUAGCGCAGCCUGACCAACCACCGCCGACACCGUUAGCACCACCGCCUCAACGACUACAAGAACAAGUACGGCCACAGACUUUUGAUCUUACUGGCUUCUCAGACGACGACGAUGAUGACGACGAGUUUGGUGGUUCCGACCUCGAUGAAGAACAACUUGUUCAGGCUGAAAUGGAUGCUACCCAAGCGUUGGAAGCGAGUACAAGUGCUAGUUCUACUACUCAAAAGUCGCGCGCCAUUCAACGGUACUUGGUGAAGCAAGUUAUAGACGGCCAGUACACCGAUCCUCGUGGUCGUCAACAAGCCGAAAAGGUUUUGUUUGUUGAGGAUGAGGUACAGAAGCAGAACAAAUCCAUCACCCUCAGACAAUCAUGGCUUGAAACCCACUGCGCUCCUGGCUCCUACGUGCAUGUUGUUGGCCGCUUCAACAAGCUUGGCCAAAUCACUGUUGACGACGCCGAGAACUUGAUCAUCGUUCAUCCCGACCAUCUCAUCUCGGCCACUGUCGUCGCUGAUUCCUUCGAGUGCAUCCGCCGAGCCGUGCUCCAAGACAGAGUCAAAGCAACUAGCCGCUCCAGCGAACCUUCGGUUUAUGGAUCGAUGCUCCAUGAGAUCUUCCAGGAAGCAAUGAAGACAAACCAAUGGGAUCAGGAUUCACUCGACGAACUUGUCGGCAAGACAGUAGGUAAGUACCUGGAGAGCUUGUUCGAGCUCGACCACAAAGACACGAACAAGGCAUAUGAGCAUCUCAAGAGCAAGAUGCCUGAAAUGAGCGCUUGGGCCAAAGUCUUCGUCAAAGCCAAGCCUGGUCCCGAUGCUCUAGCCGAAGACAGAGGUGGCAAGAAGAUUCGUGUCAGCAUCACCAAACUGCUCGAUGUUGAAGAGCAUGUAUGGUCGCCAACCUACGGUCUGAAAGGCAACAUCGACGCCACUGUCCAGGUUCUCAUGGAGGACGACCAAGGCAAGCGAGCCUUGACUGUACCUUUCGAAGUCAAGACCGGACGCAAUACCACGAACACUUCGCAUCGCGCGCAAACAGCGCUGUACACUCUUCUGCUAUCUGACCGAUACGACCUUGAUGUCAUUUAUGGCUUGCUGUACUACAUGGAGAACUCCAGCGUUACACGCAUCCCAGCGAUACGCCACGAAUUACGCCACAUGAUCAUGCAACGAAACGAGCUUGCUUGCUAUGUUCGUGAGCGUCUUCAGCUACCGCCUAUGAUCCAGGAUGAGCGCAAGUGUGGAAGAUGUUACGCCAAAACAGAAUGCUUUCUCUACCACAAACUUGCAGAGGACGGUACAACGGAGACUGCCGGUGUCAAGGAGAAGUUCAACGAGCUUGUCGGCAGAUUGCAGCCUGUUCAUCAAGACUUCUUCAAGAAAUGGGAUAAUCUUCUGACCAAGGAGGAGUCUGAGCUGAUGAAGUUCCGACGCGAACUUUGGACCAUGCUGAGUACUGAGCGUGAGAAGCUUGGUCGCUGCUUUUCCGAAGUGGUCAUCGAGAAAGGUUCCAUGAGAGAACUCAACGAUAUGACCAAGAUAAACCGAUACCGCUACACCCUCGUCAAGAAGGAGCCACCACCGGGCUUCUCUUUCACUGAGUCCCAAAUCACCAUCGGAGAGCCAAUUGUCAUAUCUAGUGAGAAGGGUCACUUUGCACUCGCCAAUGGUUAUGUGACCAAAGUGUCCAGAGGACGUAUCACGGUCGCUGUCGAUAGACGACUCCACAACGCACGUCAGAAGCAAGCCGACUUCGACACCAACACAAAUCAAACAUUCUCAGGCAUAAUGGAGGCGGGAAGAGAAGACGAACCCAGUCAGAAUGCUCAAGGUGUUGAAGAAACACCCAUUGUGUAUCGCCUCGACAAGGACGAGUUCAGUAAUGGCAUGGCCACUGUUCGCAACAACCUUCUAGCAUUGAUGGAUGACAACGUUUUCCACUGUGCAGACUUGCGCAAGCUCAUCGUUGAAGAUACUGCCCCAGUAUUCAAGCCUGAGCCUGCGGCUUACGCGCUGUCUGGGCCAGCCAGCCAGCUUCAGAUCAACAAGGACCAACGCGCUGCUAUUGACAAAGUCAUGUCUGCCAAAGACUAUGCCCUUGUACUCGGCAUGCCAGGUACCGGAAAGACGACCACUAUCGCUCACAUUAUCAGAGCCUUGGUAGCUCGUGGCAAGAGUGUGCUUCUGACUUCAUACACUCAUACCGCUGUGGACAACAUUCUACUGAAGCUGCGAGAUUCGGAUGCUUCUAUCCUGCGUCUGGGUACCUUAGCAAAGAUUCAUCCCGAGGUACAGGAGUUUGCCCAUCUGGCAGCGACUCCCAAGCAAAGUAUGGAAGAGUUGGAAGACACGUAUAUGAAACCUCAAGUUGUUGCAACGACUUGUCUAGGUGUCAAUCAUCAACUCUUCCAGAAGAGAGUCUUCGAUUACUGUAUUGUGGAUGAAGCCUCACAGAUCACUCUCCCGGUUUGCCUCGGACCUAUCCGCAUGGCAAACACGUUCGUUCUCGUUGGAGACCAUUACCAACUUCCUCCUCUGGUCCAAAACCGCGAGGCUCAAGAAGGUGGUCUCGAUAUAAGUCUCUUCAAGCUUUUAUCUGAUCGACACCCAGAAAGUGUGGUCAACUUGGAACACCAGUACCGCAUGUGCGAAGAGGUCCAGUUGCUGUCCAAGACCUUGAUCUACUCUGGUCGACUGAAAUGCGGCAACGAAGCUGUUGCUUCUCGAACCCUCAAGAUUCCCACUCCUGACGGUAUAAUGAGAUACCACUCCGAACCCCAGGGUUCUUGGUCUUUGGAUCGAAACCUCUGUUUGGGUCCAGCCCAAGGCAAUUGCUGGAUCUCAGACCUCCUCUCACCAUCUCGAAAGGUAGUCUUUGCAAACACAGACACUCUUUGUCCAGUACCGAAAGAAACAGCGGUCGGCUCUCGCAUCGUCAACGCGACUGAAGCUCAACUUCUUACACAACUUGUCCUCUCGUUGAUAGCUCAGGGCGUUCCUCCGAACGAAAUCGGAGUCAUAGCCUUCUACCGCUCUCAGCUUGCCCUGCUGCGUCAGCUGCUGAAGUCACACCCAGAAGCCUCGGGCGUAGAAAUGCACACGGCAGACAAGUUCCAAGGUCGCGACAAAGAAGUCGUAUUCAUCUCUUGCGUACGCAGCAACGACACUGGAAACGUCGGCGAUCUGCUGCGGGACUGGAGACGCCUCAACGUCGCCUUUACACGCGCCAGAAGCAAGAUGGUCGUCCUGGGCAGCAAAGAAACACUGUCCUCCAACGAACUCCUCGACAAGUUCCUCAAACUCGUCGAAAGCAAAGGAUGGAUAUACAAUCUCCCAAAACUAGCAGAGCGCGGCCACAAUUUCCAAGAUGUACUAGGUGUGAGUCUGGCAACGCAAAAGACUCCUGCCAAAUCACCUUGCAAAAGAGACUUCCUUGCUGGCGUCGAGGAAGCUGAAGGUUCAAAGAAACGCAGACGUAAUCCUCAUGCCCAACGUAAAGGCAUCGAAGACUUUCUUUCUGGUUCUCCGGGAACGAAAAGUGUGUAUCAGAGAGACAACUCGAAGACCAACAAACCUUUCAAAGUGCCAGAGAAGGUUGGCAAAGUGGGGACGAAAGUGCUGUUUGGGAAAGAGCAGUCAAGCGGUAAGAGACCCGUUCUUAUGGACAUUGUCAAUGAUGCUUUGGGCGGAAUUGAGUAG